AUUACAAAAAUUAUUGUAUUCACAGGAACCAUUGGAGCUGAAAAGACUACAUGUGCGAAAUUAUUUGAAGAUUAUUUGAAACAAAGAGGAUUUUCUGUUUAUCGAUUUAUUGAAACAUUACUUGAAGUUUCUGAAGAACUUGAACUGUUUUACAAAACUCAAAACUUUCUGUUUUUUCAAUAUGUGGUUAUUAAUCUCUAUAAAGAAAAAGCAUCACGUAUUAAAACUUUAAUGAAUUAUGAUUAUAUUAUUAAAGAUUAUACUAUCAGAGACGUGAAUAUAUUUAACAAUUUUGUUAAAAAUGAGGAUGAACGAGAAUAUGUAGAUAAGAAAGUUAUUAAAACUGAUCAUCUUGAAUUUUAUAAGAUUGUUUAUGUAGACCCACCUCUUAGAACAACAACUAGACAUAAAAAGAAAUAA